AUGUCGUCCGCAAGCACGGAUUUCUCAAGCUGCAACGAGCGUGUGCAAAUCAAAGUAUUAAUUCUCGGCGAACGAGGCGUUGGGAUAACAUCAGAUGUAUGGAAAUUCGUGGGGAAUACUUGCGAAAAUGUAAGCAAAGGUAUCUUGCGCAAAUCUGUACGUGUCAACGACAAGCUAUACGAGUUGAACGUGUUUGACACCGUCGCCGUUGAAGAAUUUGGAGGAACACCACCAGUGUACAAGGACGUCGACAUGUGUCUUCUGAUGUAUGCAGCAAACGAUCUGUGUAGUUUCAGAAACGUGACGUAUUGGAUAUCCAAGUUCAAGAAAGAAGCGAACAUUAAAAAUGCAGAUGCGUUCUCUUUCAUCGUUGUUGGCAACAAGCAGGACGUCCCCGACUAUGCCAGACUAAUUUCAAGAAAAGAAGCGGAUGAUUGGUGCUGGAACAAUACUCUUUGGCACUCAGAAAUAUCAACCAAAGAGGAGCCCACCAUCAACCGAGUUGAUCCAUCUUCCGGAUCUCCGGCAGCAUUACAGAGUCUCGCUUCAC